AUGUUAUAUGGUGGUCCACUCGGUACUUAUCUCAGUGGUUUAUCAUCCUCUUCAUUGUCCAGCGCUUCUCAUCUCACAUCACCAAGUUCAAAUUAUACCUCACCUAAUAGUUUAAGCAACUCAAAUUACUAUUCAGGAGGUAUUGGUGGGCUAAGACGUAGCAGUUCAAGAUACCGGAAUUCUGGAGGCAGUAACUUAUCCACAACAUCUACCCCAUUAAACACUACUACUAUCAGUAGUAGUAGCACAACAAGUGGAAGCAAUCCCUAUUCAUCAUACUAUACUCCACCAGUAAGAAGAAAAUAUGGGACACCUGAAACGGAUUCGUCGAAAUCAUCACGGUAUUUCACCCGUACACAAGGUGUUUCGAGUAAUAGUGGAACAGGCAGUGGUGGCGGAGCUGUUGGCAGUAGCACCACUGCAACAGGGAAUACAUCUGCCGCAUCUUACUCAGGACUUCCUCAAUAUCCACGUAGAUCACCAAAUAAGAUUUGUUCGAGCACAGGUUAUACAGUUGGUGGAAUAGGCACAAGUUCAUCUUGGAACUCAGUGAGUUAUUCAUUCAGAAGUGUAUUUACACUAUGUAUUAAUAUUUCAUAA